UUUUUAUAUAUGACAGAUUUCAAAAGAUUAUUUGCACAUACUUCCCUUCAAAAAUUUCGAAUUAAAAAUAUUUAUUGUGCAAUGAUGAAUGAGGUGUUGCCUGGACUUUAUGUUGGAGGUUUGAGAUCUGCCAAUGACGAAAAGCAAUUAACAGAAAAUUCAAUUAAAGCAAUUGUUUCAAUACACAGUGGACCAGGCAUUCACAAUUUUUCUGAUAAAUAUACAGUUCUUCAUUUAACUUUGGAUGAUUCGACUGAAGAGAAUGUUACUAAACACUUUACUACUGUUAAUUCUUUCGUUCACCAAUUUAGAUUAAGAAAAAAAAAUGUCCUAAUUCACUGUCUAGUUGGUGUUAGCCGAAGUGUUUGUUUUUGUAUUGCUUAUUUAAUGACUGUUACAAAUUUAAAUUAUUCUAAUGCAAUGAUGUUUAUUAAAAAGAAGCGAUUGUGUGCAAAUCCAAAUUAUGGUUUUCGAAAGCAAUUGGGAAAAUUUGGAGAAAAGAAAUUUGACUCAAGUUCCAUCAACAAAAAAUAUCGCUAG